UCAGAAUAGACGUUUCAAAGUUAAAUUCUUGCUUCACCCUAUUUUUUGAAACAAGAAGUCGGCUACAGUAGUAGUAUAAUAUAGUUAAGUGAUUAAGUCAUUUUAGAAACAUCAAGUAACUGCAAGGUUUAUCAUCUAGGGAGAAAUGGAGGCAAGUCAAGGAACUCUUCCUCUCAAUACCUGCCAUGUCCAAAAGUUGUUGCUUAUCAUCAAUAGGUUACACAUGCUCCUUCAUUCCAUGGCUUUAGGCUUCUUGUUCUAUUACAGAGUGUGCUUUCUUUUCCAAGACCAAGAAAACAGGGUAAGCCAUUUGCUACCAUGGCUCCUUGUUUUUACUUCAGAAAUCAUUCUCUCCUUCAUUUGGUUCCUUGGACAAGCUUAUCGUUGGCGACCUGUUUCACGUUUUGUCUUCCCAGAGAGAUUGCCAGAGGAUGACAAGCUUCCUGCCGUUGAUGUGUUCAUAUGCACUGCAGAUCCAAUCAAGGAACCCACUUUAGAGGUGAUGAACACUGUUUUAUCAUCCAUGGCACUAGAUUAUCCUCAAGAGAAGAUUCAUGUGUAUCUUUCAGAUGAUGGGUGUUCCCCCAUGACUCUGUAUGGUGUGAGGAAGGCUUGGGAGUUUGCAAGGUGGUGGCUUCCCUUCUGCAGAAGGUACAAAAUAAAGAACAGGUGCCCGAAGGCCUACUUUUCUGCUUUGGAGAGUGAUGAUAAUGAUUUUGCCAGGAGUAGUUUUUACAUGGAAGACAAGCAAAAGAUUAAGAGAAAGUAUGAGGCUUUUAAAGAAGAGAUAGAGACAUUCAGAAAAGCUGAGGCCUUUUCAAGAGAUAGUAUUACCGUUGGAGAUCAUUCAUCAGUCAUUGAGGUGAUGCAAGAAGAUAUCAUUGAUGAUGUGGAUAAUGUCAAAAUGCCUCAACUUGUCUAUGUUUCGAGAGAGAGAAAGUCUUCUAGUCCCCACCAUUUCAAAGCUGGAGCCCUCAAUGUUCUUCUUCGUGUAUCUGCUGUGAUGAGUAAUUCUCCCUACAUCCUAGAUCUAGAUUGUGACAUGUUCUGCAACGAUCCAACUUCAGCUCGAUAUGCAAUGUGUUUUCACCUUGAUCCAAAGAUAUCAUCCUCCUUGUCUUUUGUUCAAUUUCCUCAGAAAUUUCACAACAUUAGCAAGAAAGACAUCUAUGACAGUCAGCUGAGAUCAUUAUUUACUCUCCAAUGGCAAGGGAUGGACGGGCUUAAGGGACCUGUAUUGUCAGGUACAGGCUUUUAUAUGAAAAGGGUAUCAUUGUACGGAAAUCAAGCGAAUGAAGGUAUUGACCCACAAGGAUGGACUGACCUGCUGCAACUUCGAGAAUAUUUUGGUUCAUCGAAUGAAUUCAUCAAGUCACUUACUCAAAACUACACAAGUGUUUUUUUUCCGGGACGGAAUACAUUGCUCGAAGAACCUCACUUGUUGGCUUCUUGUAGAUAUGAAACUGGCACUAAAUGGGGACAAGAUGUAGGUUUCUUAUACGAUAGUGUAGUAGAAGAUUUCCUGACUGGAUUUAUCUUGCAUUGUAACGGAUGGAAUUCGGUUUUCUGCGAACCAUCUAGGCCACAGUUCCUUGGUACAGCUACGACAAAUUUGAAUGAUGUACUAAUUCAAGGCACUAGAUGGUACUCUGGUUUGUUUGAAAAUGGUAUAAGUAAGUUUUGCCCCCUUAUAUAUGGGUCUUUAAGGAUGCCACUACUCCAGAGCCUGUGUUUUGCAGAACUCACAUAUUUCCCUCUUUAUUGCUUGCCUCUUUGGUGUUUUGCUACCAUCCCUCAGCUCUGCCUGCAACGUGGAAUACCCUUGUACCCUAAGGUUUCAGAUACAUUUUUCAUUGUCUUUUUUUUCAUCUUUCUAUCAUCUCUUUCAAAACAUUUACUAGAAGUGUUCUUAACUGGAGGAACACUCCAUAACUGGAUCAAUGAGCAGAGAAUCUGGAUGAUGAAAUCAACUACUUGCGAUCUAUAUGGUUGUUUGGAUGCUUUACUGAAGAAAGUUGGAAUAAGACAAGCCAGUUUCUUGCCUACUGAUAAAGCAGAGGAUGAUGAACAAACUCUGCUAUACCAAAAUGAUAAAUACGACUUUCGAGCAUCAAACAUUUUUAUAGUUCCAAUGCUUGCCCUCCUCACAGUCAACAUAUUUUGUCUGGUAGUUGGAGUGUAUAGAGUGAUAUUGGUGGGUGAUUGGGACAAAAUGUUCAUACAGGUUGCCCUUGCAAGUUUUAUCAUUACAGUCAACUACCCUAUCAUUGAAGGGCUGGUGAUAAGGAAAGACAAGGGACGCAUUUCACAGUCGGUAGCUAUAUAUGUUAUCUUGUUUACUAUGAUUUUUUUGACAUUUUGUAAAUUCUUAUAGAUCAAGAAAUGCAUAAUAAUAUGAUCUAUAUUUCUUGUGUUUUUAGAAUACUACCCUCCUACAUCAUUAAAAAAAAAUUCCAAGAGAAGGCUUGAGUAAAAAGCACAAACAGCCCCAAUUUUAUUUA